AGAUUAGUUUAAACAACCGAAUAUACUAGUCGGGGACGUUAACAGGAAGCAGAAGCUAAAACAUCAUGUGAAGCUAUAACACCUACUUUCCUCUAACGAAGGGAAACUUUCCUCCUUCGUUCCCUAAAUGUUUCCAUAGUCCCUCCUCUUCUCCCAGCUCCGUCUCCUCCGCAGGAUUUGUAUCUCGGACCAUGGCGCUGCGCUCCGGUUAUUUCACUGUAUACGUGGCGUUUCAUUUUGUUAUCGCAGCAUUAUUUCAUUUCAGCGUGGCAACCCCGGGUGGCGGCGGCUCCAAUGUUUUGUCACUUCUGCAGCCGUAUGAUCGUUUGUAUUACGGUGGAGUGCGCGCAUAUUUUGGCGAGGAGUGGGGGAAAGCCGCGGAGCUGCUAGAGAAAUCCAUCGCAACCAAGGAGUCGCUGCUCAGAGUCCGCAGGCAGUGUCAUGAUGACUGUGUGGCAGCAGGGAGAGAGGCGCUCGAUAAACUGGACUCCAAAGAGGGGAGUCUGUGGGACCUCUUGGCCUUGGAUUGGGUGCAGCAGAAGGCUGAAUGUUUGAGGUUCUGUAUUGGACGCUCCGUCACACCUGCAGGACAGCUCCCUGUUUCUACCGACAUAGAGUAUGAAUUCGGCAGUCGCAACCCUUACAACUUUUUGCAGGUCACAUACUACAAGAUGGAAAAGUUGCAUAAGGCGGCAUCGGCAGCUCAUACCUACUUCGUGGCCAACCCCAGUCACCUGGAGAUGAGGAACAACAUUGAGAAGUACAGACGGAUGGAGGGAGUGACUGAGGAGGCCUUCCAGGACAGAGAGAUUGAGAAUGAGAAGCACUGGGUCCUGUAUGAUUCUGCAGUGCAGUACGAGGCCUCCUCUGACUGGGUGCAAGUAGCAGAGAAAUGGAAAGCGUGCGUGAAUGAAACGCUUCGGCAGACAGAUGAGUGCAGGGUGCAGUGUGAGGUGGCCUCCCAGCGGCUGCCUGAGGACAGGGGAGUGGACAGUGUUGACGGCGCUUUCGAGAAGGCUGCAGCUCUGUCCCUCUCCCUGCUCGCGUGCCGGCAGUCCUGCGUGACUCAAGUAGCCACAAGACCCGGAAGGAUCUCUGCUCAGGAGGACUUCCUGCCCUCACAGCUGGAGCAUCUGCAUAUUGCACAGUUUAAAGCUGGUGAUAUUAGUGGAGCAGUGCAGACUCUUCGCUCUCUUCUCCUGUUUUAUCCCUCUGACAAGGACUCCUUAGACAACCUGCAGCUCUACUCUGAGACACUAGGAGGAGACACAGAGUCACAGGGCACACAGCCUGCUCAGGAAAUUGUCCGAUACAUCAGUCGCUCUUUACAGGAGAAGAAGCUACUGUAUUUUGGCAUGGAGAACCUUGACUUCAGUUUCAUCGACCCAGAUCUUUGGACUCCAGAAGAUGUUGUGCCUGAAUCACUGAGGGAUGCCUGGAGAGCUGAAAAGGACAAAAUGAAUGAGAAAAUGAAAGAGGGAGAGGAGGAGGAGGAAGUGGAUGACAGUGGAUUUUUUGCUGGUGGGCCGGUCCCCCGGGUGGGUGUGACCAUCACCAUGGACGACGAGCUUAUGAACGGGACCAAUCGCGUGGUGCUCGACGGAGUCAUGACUGAGAAGGAGUGUGGCAGAAUAAUGCAGUUAGCAGCAGCUGCAGCAUCUGCCGGAGACGGUUACCGGGGACGACGGUCUCCGCACACGCCUCAUGAGACGUUUGAGGGCCUGACUGUCCUCAGGGCUGUGAAGUUGGCUCAGGAUGGCAUGGUGAACCAAUCAGAUGCCAAGCUGUUAUAUGAGCUGGGCGAGAGGGCGAGAGACCUGCUGCACUCUUACUUCAGGAGCCCCUCGGGACUCUUCAUUUCUUUCACACACCUGGUCUGCCGCAGUGCCAUUGCAGGUGACCAGAAGGGCAGGCUGGACCUGUCUCACCCUGUCCAUGUUGACAACUGUCUCCUUGAGCCGGAGACCAAGCAGUGCUGGAGGGAGCCGCCAGCAUUCAUACACAGAGACCUCAGUGCCAUUCUGUACCUGAAUGACAACUUUGAAGGAGGAGAGCUGUUCUUUACUAACAGGGACGCCAAGACAGUAACAGCUCGAGUACAACCCAGCUGCGGUCGACUGGUGGGUUUCUCCUCAGGUCCGGUGAAUCCACACGGUGUUACCGCUGUGACCAGCGGUCGGCGGUGCGCGCUGGCCCUCUGGUUCACGAAGGAGAAGUUCUACAGGGACAUGGAGCGAGAGGAGGCAGAGGCCAUGUGGGCUGCAGGCGGACAGAGCGUGGUGAAAAAGGACGUGGAGGAGAAAGAGGGCACCGCCGCCCGGAACGCUCGCAGCCAAGCACCGAAGGAGAGGAGCAGAGGGAGAGGCCGGGUGACGGGGGGCAGAGAUGAGCUGUGAGAGCCAGAACAACCCAGACAGACUGAACCGCCCGAACUGGAACGCAGUCUCAUCUGCCUCCAGUGUGCCAUCCCAUAACAAUGACCAUUACACCAACCAUGAACACAUCUCUGUUAUGAUUUUUCAGUUUUUAUCCACACGUUCACUCUUCAUCUCGCUGCAUUUUUAUGUAAAGCUGCUUACAUACUGUGUUCAUGCUGUAUAUGAUGAAGGUAAGUGAGGGAAACACUGUCCUCUCCUCCCUCUCACGUCAAUCUGUGCUUUACAGGCCAAUUUCACUCCCUUUAAAAAUGAAGAGAUUAAAAGAGGAAAUAAA